AUGUCAGACGUAAGCCCAGAGGAAGCAGAGCGUCGCUACAACUUCGGCUUUUCAGUGCCAGAAGAAGAAAAGCUGUACAAAAUCAAUGCCCUUUUCAAAGGAUUGACUACGUAUCGCCUCACCCAAGGCUGCUACUAUGCCUUGAAAACCAGCUCCACUUCAUCGUCGGCCGUUCAGCUGUAUGAUAAGCGACUCAAGAAUGUGAUGGCAUUGCUUCGAAUCGAUUGGGCGCACAAGCCCGGAGGAUACUGCCAUAUAAACCUCAAUCCGAAGCCAGCCGGCCUGAAGAGGGACCCACAUCUAUGGGUUCCAUACGGGACACCAUGGGUGUCGAAGCGAGUAGCCGAUGCCGCAAAGACGCUCAAUGACUGGCUACCUCUGAUCACCACCUCAAUUAUGGCAUAUUACACGGCACGAGCGAUACAGAAAGACUACGAAGACGGCACUUACGAAAACACAGCAACGUACGCCGCUCGCACCGCUGGAACGUAUACGGGAGCCGCUUUCGGAGGCAAAGCGGGUUCAAUUGCUGGCUCAGCCGUCUUGCCGGGCGUCGGAACCGCAGUUGGAGGUCUUGUUGGUUCCCUCGCCGGCGCCUGGUAUGGCGACGAUGUGGUGGCCCAAUGCGCUGCGGACCCCGAAUUCAAGAAAAAAGCUGGAGAGACGAUCGGCUCGGUCUACACCGGCGUCGCCCAGACUGCAGGCCCCGCCAUGACUUCCAUCUACAAUGGAGCCGGAGAUUUGGCCUCCGGCUGCACAGCGACCGUCGGAUCUGUAGCCGGGAAAGCCGCCCAAUAUGCCGCGGACUCGAAUCUUCCCGAAAAGGCCGGUGCAGCGUACACGGCUGUCACUCAAAGCACUGGCCAAGCGAUCGGUGCCAUCUACAAUGGCAUCGGCCAGAAUGCUGGCCCUGCCGCUUCUUCCAUCUACCACGGAGCUGGAAAUCUUGCCUCGAGCUGCUCAGCGGCUGUCGGAUCAGUUGCCGGACAAGCUGCACAAUAUACGGGAGUCGCUCAAAAUGCCGGACAGACAAUCGGGAGUUUCUACCUCUAUACCAGCAUGGACCCGACGUUCCUGCUGCCACACGAUCUCUUACGGGCACUAUCAGCAUUCGACUCCUUCUUUGCUUCCGAAUUCUCGAUGAGGACUAGGCCGAAAGCUACCUCUACCCUGCAGAUCUUUCGCGUUGGUGGUAAACGUUACGGUACCGAGAUGUUGCGCAUUGGCCAUUCCGGUGGUCCCAGGGACGAUGCUUUCCUCUGGCUGCUCGACAUAGAUACAGGAAAUCCCAGGGUCCGGAGCGUGUCCAUCCCGAAGGGCUCUCCCUCUGUGGCUGCGUUCAUUGGAUCUUAUGGUCGCUUUCUCUAUCGAUGGUCACUCCAAGUGAGCCACUGUCUAGCCAUUUAUGGAUUGGCCACAGCGAUUUUGAAAGACUUUGAAGUCUGCGAUGGGCACACGGCAGCAUAUGCCCGUAGACUGGUGGCGCUGUAUGUUUUCCCAGGAAUUGCCGCAAAGGCCAUGGCUUGGCUUGGAACGGGUGUGAUGCCGGUCUUGGGCACGUCAGCAUACGGCUUGACUGGUGCUCUCGUCUCGGGCCUGCUUGUCCACGUAGCCUUCUCUGGAGGAGUUCAUCACCCAGAUGAGCUAUGUGGUAUCGGACCCGGGGCGUACCUAUGUAUCUGGAUCUUUACCAAAAUUGGGUCGUCGAUCGGCGAGUACUUCUUUCCAAGAUUCGGCCGGAUUUGCUUCGGCACCUUUGGAUUGAUGGCAAUUUCCGCUGCGGCAAAGCAAAAUGGCAUCAUGCUGACCCGU